GACCAGAAUUUAAUAUUUUACAAUAGAAACAGCAGGUGAUUAAAAUCGAGCAUUUAUUUAACAUUCCGAUUUCUCUAUUAUCAAGCAAAAGCAAACACAUCAUGUAGUUGGUUUCGUUGCUUUUAAUCUUUUUGAAUUUGUGAAGAUGCAGUCAAGAGAAAAAAUUAAUAACUUCUACCUGCAAGAAAUACUUACAGAUGUUGUUACGAAGAAACUUGCUGAUUUAUUUAUCCAAGAGUGGAACAUUAAUUACAAAAAAUCCCACGGAGUAUGGGAUGAUACAAACGUUAGUGGUCAGAAGUUGUUCAAUAUUGAAAAAACAAAAAAAAACCCUCAUGACAAACAUAUUCUGUCAAAAUUUCAAGAUGGUGACACUAGUAAUUGGGAUUGUACAACACUAUUUGCAGCAAUAUUGUUUUCAAAUUCAAUUGGAACAAAAAUUGACCCAAAAGUUAGAUCUGCCGUUAAUGCACUUCGUAUUGUAAGAAACAAAUUUACCCAUGAUAAUCCAGGAAGAGUAUCUAAAACCGAAUUUGACAAAAUGCUUUGUGAUAUUGAAAAGUCAUUUAAAGAUCUACGAUUUUCAUUCAAUGAAAUUAAUGAAAUAAAAUGUCAACGAAACAAAUUUAAUUCUUUCCAAGUACUUCCUUGCAAACCAAAUCAUGGCAUUGUUAAACGUAAAGAAUUACUCAAUCAAAUCACAGCAGAUCUCAACAACUUGCGCAGUACUAACAAUAAUGAACUAACAUAUUACUAUGUUUCUGGUAAUCCUGGCAGUGGUAAAUCUGAAUUAGCUAGACAAGUUUGUGAAGAAAUGUUUAAGUCGGUUGACUGGGAAAAUAAAACAACAUUUGUAAUGACACUCGAAGGAAAUGAUGCAGAAUCCCUUUUAAAAACUUAUGCUGAACUUUGUCAACGCUUUAACAAUGAUAAAACUGUCAUUGAAAAUAUUCUGAAAGAAGCAAAAAGCAGCGAAGACAAAAUUAAAGAUUUUCAAUUAUUGCUGACACAACAACUGAAAUCUUGGCAAACAUGGUGGAUUGUUGUAGAUAACGUGGUUGAACUUCAUAAAAUUUAUCCAUUAUUACCUCAAGUUGGUGAUCAUAGCUGGAAAAAUGGUCAAAUUAUAGUAACUGUCCAAAAUACAGAUGCUAUACCACCAGAUGGAAAUUUACAUAAACACAUUUCAGUUAGUAAUGGUAUGAACAAUGAAGAAUGCCGACAACUUCUAUCUGUCUUUUCUGAUAUUCAUAAUAAAGAUGAAAAAUUCUUAAAAGAUUUAUCAGACAAAUUAGAUCAUCAACCGUUGUUCUUGUCAAAUGCUGCUUACUACGUAGGUAGUGUAAAUAGUGUAAAUCCGACAUUCACGUGGGAGCAAUAUUUUCAUAAGUUGAAUGAAGGAGAGCGACAGAACAUGGAUGCCAAUUUUCAAAAAAUAAACACAUCAUACUUAGGAAUGAAAACUGUUAUGUUAGCAGUACAAAAAAAUGCCGGAGAAUCCAUUUUGUUGAAACAUGUUUUUAAACUUUUCUCAAUAAUAUCUUUCGAUCCCUUACCACCAGAUGUUAUAAUACCAUUUAUUAAAAGCAUUGAUCCACAAAAAUCUGCAGAAGAUGUCUGUCUUCAACUAAAGCAUUGUUCUUUAUUCCUUCAAACGGAAAACAACGACAUCCGCCUGCACAGCGUUGUACACCUGGGUUUGUUGCUUUUGAAUAACGGAGAAUAUAAAAAUGCUAAAGAUUUUCUUGAGCGAGCAAUGAAAAUUCAACAUGUUGAUAUUGCGACAAUGUACAACAAUCUCGGUUCGGUUUACAGAGAUAUGGGAGAUUACGAAAAAUCAAAAGAUUUUUAUGAACGAGCGAUGGCAAUUCAAACAAAAGCAUUUGGUCCUGACCAUGUUAAUAUUGCGACAACGUACAACAAUCUCGGUUCUGUUUACAGAGAUAUGGGAAAACACGAAAAAGCAAAAGAUUUUUAUGAACGAGCGAUGAAAAUUGAAACGGAAACAUUUGGACCAGACCAUGUUAUUAUUGCAACAACAUACAGCAAUCUGGGUUCCUUUUACAGAGAUAUGGGAGAGUACGAAAAAGCAAAAGAUUUUUAUGAACGAGCGAUGAAAAUCGAAAGGAAAGCAUUUGGACCAGACCAUGUUAAUAUUGCGACAACGUACAAUAAUCUGGGUUCGUUUUACAGAGAUAUGGGAGAGUACGAAAAAGCAAAAGAUUUUUAUGAAAGAGCGAUGACAAUUCAAAAGAAAGCAUUUGGUCCUGACCAUGUUAAUAUUGCGACAACGUACAACAAUCUGGGUUCCGUUUACAGAAAUAUUGGAGAGUACGAAAAAGCAAAAGAUUUUUAUGAACGAGCGAUGGCAAUUCAAACAAAAGCAUUUGGACCUGACCAUGUUGAUAUUGCGACAACGUACAACAAUAUGGGUUCGGUUUACAAAGAUAUGGGAGAGUACGAAAAAGCAAAAGAUUUUUAUGAACGAGCGAGGAAAAUUGAAACGAAAGCAUUUGGGCCUGACCAUGUUAAUAUUGCGACCACGUACAACAAUCUGGGUUCGGUUUACAGAGAUAUGGGAGAGUACGAAAAAGCGAAAGAUUUUUAUGAACGAGCGAUAGAAAUUCAAACAAAAGCAUUCGGACCUGACCAUGUUGAUAUUGCGACAACGUACAACAAUAUGGGUUUAGUUUAUAGAGAUAUGGGAGAGUACGAAAAAGCAAAAGAUUUUUAUGAACGAGUGAUAGCAAUUCAAACGAAAGCAUUUUUACAUGACCAUGUUAAUAUUGCGACAACGUACAACAUAAUGGGUUGGGUUUACAGAGAUAUGGGAGAGUACGAAAAAGCAAAAGAUUUUUAUGAACGAGCCAUGAAAAUUCAAACAAAAGCAUUUGGAACUGACCAUGUUGAUAUUGCGACAACGUACAACAAUCUGGGUUUGGUUUACAGAGAUAUGGGAGAGUACGAAAAAGCAAAAGAUUUUUAUGAGCGAGCUAUAGCAAUUCAAACAAAAGUAUUUGGACCUGACCAUGUUACU